AUGUCCGAUCAGAUUCCAUCCCUGUCAUAUCUGGUGGUUCUGGCUGGCAUAUUUCUUCAUGGCUCAAGCAUUCUUCCUAUUCUAGCUAAUAGUAAUGAUGUAGUCACGAUUCGAACAAUAUUUUUUCUUCAUUCCCUUCUUUUAUUCGUGCUUUUCCGUUUUCCAGAAGAAAAUCUUCUUGAUCUAUUUUCUUUCUUUCUUUCUUUCUUUCUUUCUUUCUUUUUUUCUUUCUUUCUUUCUUUCUUCUACUGCUGUUUCUUUCCUUCCCUCUUUCUUUCUUUCUUUCUUUCUUAUUUUCAUAGAACAAUUUUUUAUUUCCUUCGUUCUUUCUUUCUUUUCUUAAAUAAAUCUUUUCCCUUUCUUUCUUCUUUCUUUCUUUUACUACUGUUUCUUUCCUUCCCUCUUUCUUUCUUCUUUCUUUCUUUCUUUCUUUCUUUCUUCUACUACUGUUUCUUUCUUUCUUCUACUACUGCUUCUUUUCUUCACUCUUUCUUUCUUUUCUUUUCUAUUCUUUCUUCUUUUUCUUUCUUUCUUAUUUUCAUAGAACAAUUUUCAAUUUUCCUCCUUUCUUUCUUUCAUUCGUUCUUUUACUACUGUUUCUUUCUUUCUUUUACUACUACUUCAUUCCUUCACUCUUUCUUUCUUUCUUAUUUCUAUAGAACAGUUUUGUUAUUUUCUUUAUCCCUUCUUUCUUUUCUUAACGAACAAUAUUUCUUCAUUUCCUUCUUUUAUUCGCCCCUUUUCCUGCAGCAAAUCUUUUUCCUUUCUUUCUUUCUUCCUUUCUUUCUUUCUUUCUUUCUUUCUUUGUCAAAAAUAGUCUUCUUUCUUUCUUUCUUUCUUUCUUUCAUCGCAGCAAAAAAGGCUCAUUUUCCGACUGUGCAUUUCACAAGCCGUGCCUGCUGCGCCAACACCAACAAAGCCCAGCGCCACGCAUGCCUCUUUUUGUCAUAUUUUUUCUCCUUUUCCCUCCUUUUCCCACAGCCUUUUCUCUUCUUUUACUUUCCUUAUUUUAUUACAUUUUGUCCUCUUACUGCCAUCUUUGCUUACAUCUUAUAUUGUCAUUUUACAACUUUCUUUCUUUCUUUCUUUUUUCUUUCUUUCUUUCUUUCUUUUUUCUUUCUUUCUUUCUUUCUUUCUUUUUUCUUUGUUAUUUUUUCUUUUCAUUUUUCUUCUCUCGCUUUUUCAUUUUCUUUCUUUCUUUCUUUCUUUCUUUCUUUCUUUCUUUCUUUCUUUCUUUCUUUCUUAUUUUGUAUGUUGUCUUUUACCUUUGUUUUCUCUCUUUGUUUCUUCUGA